UUCUACAAGUACACGUUUUGUCUGUUCUGCACAACGAUGACAGCUGCUGGCAUGUGUUUCCUCGUCAGCGCGUCAGUGGGCGUGUUUGCUGUUGCACAGCUGCUGUUAGCCCUGCUGUACAUGACCAUGAUGGUGAGGGCAAAUAGCUGUUUAAGAAACGGAGAAUUAUAAACGUAUAAAGUAUCCAAUGUUGUAAUUGCACUAUGAAAACAUCUGAACGAAUAGCACCAUGACCCCCAAGCCUCACCAAGCCAAUGGGAUCGGAUUUUUAGUUUUGUAGUUUUUCGUAGUCCCAUGUGAGAGCUGAGCAGUAUUUUGGCGCGCCAAAGAAACACCAGGGAGUUUGAUUACACCACGACCAGAGACUAACUCCCCAGGUCAAGAACAAUCAUGAGAAAAAAACAAUUACCACAAUCAUGAAGACUGUGAGUGAACAGGUACAAACUGAUAAGUUGAAACAUAAAUGAACACAUCUAUUUGACAUUGCAAGUUAAUCUGAGAAGAUGUAUUGUUUUAGAAUUCCUAUCUAUUUUUUUGUUCAUCAAAACAGGGACAUGUUUCUGCUCAUGUUGAUGUGUAAAUAUAAAUGAAGUCAUUUAAAUACCACCGUCAUGGACUUUUCUGGCUUGAGGUAUUAAAAAAAGUUUGAAUACUUAACUGAUUUAAUUCUUUGAGUUAGUUUUCACUAUCACAACUAGAACUGGAUGUUGGUUUUGUUAACAGUUGUUUGCAGGAUUCCUGAUCAACUUUGAUUCUAUCGGACCGUGGUUAAACUGGGCACAGUACCUCAGUUUCUACAAGUACUCUUUAACAGUAAGUACCGAUUCUUGA